AUGACAUUAAAAGAACGCUUGAGUUCUACUGAUACUAAUACUGAGGUUACUGAGAAAUCUGUUGACAGACCACAAUCAAAUACUAGAAAACCUGAGAAAUCUGUUGACAAACCACGAUCAAAUACUAGGAAAUCUGAGGAAUCUAUAGGAGAAACAUCAACAAUGUCUUUAUCUGAUAUAGUAAUACCUCAUUUUAUACAUCGAAUGACAUCUAAAAUGUCUAAGAUAAGCUUCAGAGUAUCUCAAGAUUCUAAAGAAUCUGCUGAAGAAAAACUAGAGGAGAAGAUAAACAAUCAGGACAAUAAAAUAUCAACAAUAUUGUUAUUAUUAAAUGAUUACUAUGAGAAAAUCUGCCCUAAAAUUGAGAAGGAAGAUAAAGGAAAAAGCAAAGUUAAGAAAAAGGAAGAAUUUUACCAUAUGAAAGAACGUUUUAAAGAAAAAUUAGAUAGUGAUAAACAUUACAUUGAUUUUCUCUGGAAGUCUAAUGAAAGAGGUUUAACCUUGAUGAGUUGUGGAACAGAAAAAUGUAUUCCUCUUUUGUUCAAAAGAGGCUACUAUGUAAGAAGAGUUAAAGAAAGUUUGUGGUUGACAUUUGUAUAUGACAAUUUAUACAAGCCUAUCAAUCCUGAAGAUGCGCAAGCUGACACAUAUAUUUCUCUAAUAAUUAAAUCCGUUUUUACAGUUGAAAAAGAAUUUCUCGAGGUAAUUUUUGAUGAAAAACAUCUUUUGUCAAAAAUUGACUCUGAUGUAAUAGAAAAUUGGACCGAAGUGAUUACUGACACCAAAAUGAACUCAGAUGUACAUGAUCAUUAUUCUCUGGUGUAUUUGCCUUCUAAUCAAUUAGUGGAUAAUGAUAGUAAUAAUAAUAUGUCAUCA